AUGUCCGAAUCAGCGGGCGCAAAUGCCCCCAAGCCAAGCAGCAGCGUGAAGCUCGUGCUGCUCGGAGAGGCUGCCGUGGGAAAGUCUUCUCUCGUCCUUCGCUUCGUCAACAAUGAUUUCCAAGAGAACAAGGAGCCAACCAUCGGCGGUAAGACACUCCUCCCGUUUCUCUACCCCCCUCCCCCAUCCAGCGAACCACACAAGAUCAAUGGAGAUGACUCAACAUUUCGCCCGGUCAUACCUGCCUUCCUUACACAGAAAUGCACCCUUCCUUCGCGCACAAUCAAGUUUGAGAUUUGGGAUACCGCCGGCCAGGAGCGGUUUGCCUCGCUUGCCCCGAUGUACUACCGCAACGCCCAAGCCGCUCUGGUGGUCUACGAUGUUACCAAGCCUUCUUCGCUAACCAAGGCGAAACACUGGGUGGCUGAGCUUCAGCGCCAGGCCAGCCCUGGGAUUGUCAUCGCGCUCGUCGGUAACAAGCUGGACUUGACCAACGACGGUGGCGAUGCCUCCGCUGCUCUCGAUGCCCAGGACUCGGCUGCUCCCGAGGGCGAUGAGGCAUCUGGCGAGGAACGUGAGGAGCAAAAUGCCACCCCCGGUGAUGCUCGGAAAGUGUCAACUCGCGAGGCAACCGGUUAUGCCGAAGAAGAGGGAUUGCUGUUCUUCGAGACCAGUGCAAAGACUGGAACCAAUGUGGUGGAUGUCUUCACGGCUAUUGCUAAUGCUAUUCCAGAAAGCAGUCUCAAGACUGGUCGCGGCCCAGCAGGAGCUGGCCAAACCGCUCUCGGUGGCCGGGCCGGAGAAGAUAGUCGUGUGAAUUUGGGUGAUCAAGGUGCUGCGACGGCCAAGGAGGGCUGCGCCUGCUGA